GGCGUGAUAGCUUCGCGCCUUCGCAAUGUUAUUGGCCAGCCGAAAUCACGUGAUUGUGUUGAGUUCCGGAUUCUCCAUUCAGUCAUAUGGGUCUUAGUUUACGUCACAUGGAGCGUGUGUUAGGUUUAGGCGUUGGGCCACUGGCAGCUGGGACUGUGGGGCUGCUGAUUUUGCUGAAAGUGAUCCAGAGAUUGAGACACAAGCCGAGUGUACAGGAUAAAGUGGUGGUGAUCACUGGAGCCAGUUCAGGCCUGGGCAAAGAGUGUGCGCGGGUCCUCCAUGCGGCGGGGGCCCGACUGAUCCUGUGCGGACGGGACCAGAAGAGACUGCAGGAGGUCGUGGAGGAGCUGGGAAACAAAACCAGUGGAAAGAUACAGACCUACACUCCCUGCACUGUCACCUUUGACCUCUCCAACACAUCUGUGGUUUCCAGCGCCGCCGAGGAGAUUUUGAAGUGCCACGGUCAUGUCGAUGUCCUCAUCAACAAUGCAGGCAUUAGUUACCGUGGCAACAUCCUGGACACCCACGUAUCAGUACAGCGAGAUGUCAUGGAGACUAACUACUUCGGUCCUGUUGCUCUUACACAAGCCAUUCUGCCUUCGAUGGUGGAUAGACGCAGUGGACAUAUUGUAGUCAUCAGCAGCGUGCAGGGAAAGAUCUCCAUACCGUACAGAUCUGCGUAUUCUGCAUCCAAGCAUGCGACGCAGGCCUAUUUUGACUGUUUGAGGGCAGAGGUGGACCGGUUCGGCCUGCAGGUGUCAGUCAUCAGCCCUGGUUACAUCAGAACCAACCUGUCCAUUAAUGCGGUCACCGGGGACGGCUCCAAAUAUGGAGUAAUGGACAAAACCACAGCGAGGGGGUCGGAUCCGGUGGACGUGGCACAUGCUGUUCUGAAAGCUGUCUGUCACAAACAGAAAGACGUUGUAUUGGCUGGGCUGCUGCCUACUGCAGCCAUCUAUCUGCGCACACUGUGGCCCGCUCUCUACUUCAGACUGAUGGCUUCACGCGCCAUAAAAGAACACAGAGUGAAGGAGGAAUAAGAGGAAACAGUAUCUUUGCAUAAUUUUUAUGCCUAUAGGUAAAUGCUCAUGGAAUGUAUUUAAUAAAUAUUUAAAAAUGGA